AUGAUUAAGUCUUUAUCAUUAGCAAAGAUUUUUCGAUAUUGUUCAAUUGUUCGAUCGGUUCGAUAUUUUGAAAGUUCUACACAAUCAUCAACUUUUUCUCCUGAAUCAUCAUCAACUUCUUCUACUUCUCAACAACUUCCAUUAAUUGUUAAUCGACAACUUGAAUAUCCUCAUAUACGUUAUUCACCAAUACAAGUUUGGCUUGAAACAUUAAAACAAAAACCUGAUGAAAAAUUAGGUAUUAUUGAUUUACAUCCAAUAAUUUGGCAAACUUCACCAAGAUUAGAUAUUCUCUAUGAAAAUAUUGAAUGGCAAAAAACUUAUAAAAAAAUUGUAAAUAAAUUUCUUUUUUAUAAUUAUAAUUAUUUUAAUUAA